AUGGCCAGACUCACCAAUCUUUUCCUCACAUUCAACUUGCUCGUCCUCCCCGGCGUCCUAGCCGACAUCAAUGCAUUGUCACUCACAGCCGCCGUGGCGAUUGUUCCUGGCUUCCUCGCCCCAGCAGUCUCGGCAUACGUCCUCCCUCCAGGAGGUUUCAAGCGGUCAUACGGCCUAGCUCCACGCAAGCAGGACGAUGGUCAAGACCAGGGUCAGAACCAGGGCCAAGAUCAAGGCGUCAAUGUCGGUCCCGGUGCCGGUGCUGGUGUCGGUAACGGUGUAGGGCAGGGUCAAGGUCAGAACCAGGGCGCUGGCAAUGCCGGUGUCGGUGCAGGUGCUGGUGUUGGUAACGGUGCAGGCCAGGGUCAGGGUGCUGGUGUUGGUAACGGUGCAGGCCAGGGUCAGGGUCAGAACCAGGGUGCUGGCAAAGCCGGUGACAAGAACAAGAACAAGAACAAAAACGCAGACGCCGCUGCCAUCGCCGCCGCCGACCAAGCUGCCGCUGCCGCCAACCAGACCGCCGCCGUUGCGAAUGUCACCGACGCCGCCACCGUCCAAGCUCAAUGUGUCUCUGCCGCCAUGGCCGCUGCCCUCAACCAGACCAACAAGGUAGACAAGGCCACUUCCGACGCCAUCGCCGCAGCCUGCGGAGCCAACAACUCUCAAGUUCAAGCUGCCGCCGCCAAUGCCACGGCCGUCAAUAACCAGCAGGGUGCUGCCGCCAAUAACGGUACCACCACUGGUAACAAGAACAACAACAAACACAAGCACACGAACAAGAACAAGAACAAGAAUAACAACAACAACAAUAACAACGCCAAUAACGCCAACAGCACCACCACCGCCAACAACGGUAACAACGGCAAUAACAAGAAUAACAAUGGCAAUAACAACAAUAACAAUGGCAAUAACAACAAUAACAAUGGCAAUAACAACAAUAACAAUGGCAACAACAACAAUAACAAUGGCAAUAACAAGAAUAACAAUGGCAACAACAAGAACAACAAUAACAACGGCAACGGCAACAACGGCAACAACGCAGGAGGGAAUGCUGGUGGCAACGGCGGCAACAACAACAUCCUCGACCAGAUUGUCGGCCUCAUCAACGGCAUCCUGGGUAAGCGUGAAGCCGAGACCAUGGCCAAACGUGAAGUCGAGAUGCCAGUCAAAAAGACGGAUGUCGUCCGACGACAUACCGUGAGACAAUAUCACGAACGUGCUUUUUAA